AUGAACAGCUGAUCCUCCCGCAGUGGAUACACCUCAACAUGCUCACCGCACAGUCCUGAUCUAUCAUCGCGCGCGGCACUAUGUGAACAGUGUAUCUGAGAAGUAGAGCACAACCUGAAGGAAAGCACAUUGAGACAGUGAGGUGUUCUUGGAGCGUGUUCCUUGUUAGUUUUUCGGACCUGCCGCUCGCCGACCAUCAAUUAUGUUAUUGUCAAGUUUGCUUUUUUUCACCUUCUCUCACCUUUUGGCGCCUCUGCUCUGGUACCUGCCUCAAGUCUCCGCACAGAAGCCUGGCUCACGGUGGCUGAUUGGAGACAGAGACAGUCACUGCGGGGUCAUCUGCUCACGGACGCAGGGGAAGCCGGUGUGCGGCUCAGACGGGCGGAGCUAUGAGACCGGCUGUGAACUGCAGAGGGCGCGCUGCAAAGAUAAAACACUGACACUGGCGAACCGCGGCCGGUGUCGAGGUAAAAACUGGGUGAAAAUUGAUCAGUUGCCGGCGGCUCCAGCACCAACUUCCACAUCUGAGGCGAGCGACCUGGAGGUCAAAGAUGCAGGUCAGUCCAAGUGUCGCGUUGAGAGGAACCAGGCUCUGGAACAAGCCAGGAGACCUCAGGAGUCCAUGUUUGUCCCAGAAUGCAACGAGGAUGGAACAUUUGCACAGGUCCAGUGCCAUACUCUGACAGGUUACUGCUGGUGUGUCACCACUGACGGCAAGCCAGUGAGUGGCUCCUCUGUGCACAACAGGACCCCGGUGUGUUCAGGGUCAGUAACCGACAGACCACCGGGGCCGCCGCACUCUGGUAGAAAAGUCUCUUUCCGUUUCUUUCUCACUCUGAACCCAGAUGAUGGCUCCAAGCCCACACCCACCAUGGAGACUCACGUCCCCCCCGAGAGUGAUGAGAUAACGGCUCCAACGCUGUGGAUAAAACAGCUGGUUUAUAAGGAGAAUAAACAGAACAGCUCCAGUUCCAGGAAGCAAGAGAAAGUUCCCUCUUGUGACCAGGAGCGACAGAGCGCAUUGGACGAGGCUCGACAGAAUCCUCGCGAAGCCAUUUUCAUCCCCGAAUGUGGGCCCGGAGGCCUUUACAAAGCAGUCCAGUGCCACCAGUCCACGGGCUACUGCUGGUGUGUUCUGGUGGACACGGGGCGGCCCAUUCCUGGAACAUCCACAAGGUACCAGACGCCGGAGUGUGACGGCGCUGCACGAUCCCGCGUCUCAGACACUGAAGAUCCUUUCCAAGGCAGAGACCUGACAGGCUGCCCAGAGGGGAAGAAAGUGGAAUUCAUUACAAGCUUGUUAGAUGCCCUCACAACAGACAUGGUGCAGGCCAUAAACUCACCAGCCCCCUCGGGUGGUGGGAGGUUUGUUGAGCCUGAUCCCAGUCACACUUUAGAGGAGAGGGUGGUGCACUGGUACUUCGCCCAGCUGGAUAACAACGGCAGCCAGGACAUCAACAAGAAGGAGCUGAAGCCGUUUAAGAGGUACCUGAAGAAGAAAGCCAAACCCAAGAAGUGCGCCCGCAAGUUCACCGACUACUGUGACCUGAAUAAGGACAGAGCCAUCUCCCUGCAGGAGCUGAAGGGCUGCCUGGGCGUCAGCAAGGAGGGCGGCGCAACAACAAGUGGCAACGAAGGCUCAAGGCAAGGGACCAAACUGUUCAUAGGUCGUCUGGUGUGAGGAGAGAAGGCUCCAGAAGCUGAGACGAGAGCAGAGUGCACAGAGGGAAGGCAUCUGUUCGCUUGCUGACAGGAAAGAGAAAGAUGGAGCAGAAAAAAAAGAAAUCAAGAAGUUCCUGAGUUUCAAAAAAAGUGAACAGAAAAACAAGAAAACGAAGCGGCGCCAAAAUAUUUGCACUUUCUCCUCCUUAUGUUUGACAUUUUAUCUGUUUGUACGUGUUGGUUUUUAGGUAAGAAUGAGAAUAUAUUUGUAAAAAGAUGACUCACCACUGGAAGAUGUGCAUGUGCCCACAUUUCCCCUCGUGUUCAGUCUGCUGUGAUUCAUUCUGUCCUCACAUAACAGCCACGAACACAUUUUGUGGUUGUUAAAUUAAACUUACAUUCCCCGUUACAUACAGGAGCACGCAGGACAGUGGCAACUCGCUGAAGCCCAAGUGUUGCUGAAUACUCAAAAAGAGGCGCUAAGACAAUGUAGACCAAUUCAAACGAAUGUGUAAUGUUUGUGAGCCAGCGAUAUUAAGCGGCAUGUAUUAGAAUUAAACUGUGACCAUGAAGUCUAAUUUAUCAGCACAGAAUUAGCUGUAUGAAUCCCCUUGCACUGUACGGACACAUUUACAUUUUGGCUCAAGAAUCAGAUUUGUGAACAAUGAGAUGUGUUCUGUUUUUGUUCACCUUGGGGAACGCAGUCAGUACUUGUACUGCAACACAGAACCAUGAUGUCAUCAGCACAAUGUCAUCAGCACGAUGUCAUCAGCACGAUGUCAUCAGCACAAUGUCAUCAGUACGAUGUCAUCAGCACGAUGUCAUCAGCACAAUGUCAUCAGCACAAUGUCAUCAGCACGAUGUCAUCAGUACGAUGUCAUCAGCACAAUGUCAUCAGCAUGUUGUCAUCAGCACGAUGUCAUCAGCACAAUGUCAUCAGCACGAUGUCAUCAGCAUGUUGUCAUCAGUACGAUGUCAUCAGCACGAUGUCAUCAGCACGAUGUCAUCAGCACGAUGUCAUCAGCCUGAUGUCAUCAGCACGAUGUCAUCAGCACAGUGUCAUCAGCACGAUGUCAUCAGCACGGUGUCAUCAGCUGAAAGUGUACUUUCAGUACAUUUAGCUGUCAUCAGCACGAUGUCAUCAGCCUGAUGUCAUCAGCACGGUGUCAUCAGCCUGAUGUCAUCAGCACGGUGUCAUCAGCCUGAUGUCAUCAGCCUGAUGUCAUCAGCACGAUGUCAUCAGCACGAUGUCAUCAGCACGGUGUCAUCAGCACGAUGUCAUCAGCACGAUGUCAUCAGCACGAUGUCAUCAGCACGGUGUCAUCAGCACGAUGUCAUCAGCACGGUGUCAUCAGCUGAAAGUGUACUUUCAGUACAUUUAGCUGUCAUCAGCACGAUGUCAUCAGCCUGAUGUCAUCAGCACGGUGUCAUCAGCACGAUGUCAUCAGCACGGUGUCAUCAGCACGAUGUCAUCAGCCUGAUGUCAUCAGCACGAUGUCAUCAGCACGAUGUCAUCAGCACGAUGUCAUCAGCCCGAUGUCAUCAGCACGAUGUCAUCAGCACGAUGUCAUCAGCACGAUGUCUGCACACGAGGUCUUGAGGUUUCCAAGUUUUUCUACUUUUGUAUAAAGCUUGUACAAACCAAAAGGCUUUCAGCACUAAUUACAUUACUCGCCCACCGCUGCUCGUUAUAGAAAUAAACCCAUUUAACUCGUAGGCUAUCAGCGCACACGUUCAUCAAUUAAACAAACUAAUUUGUAAAGCGUGUUAUUAAUACUAGUCGGACAACUACAAUUAUAACGUGAAAGUGUCGCAGCAGAUGAGUUGGUUGUCCCACGAAGUAUUUCAGAGUUAAAACAAACGCUAACAGGGAACCUGUAACAAUCUCUAACUCUUUGGUAUGCAGCACGAAACUGUGAAACAUCAAAGCUCAGCUGAUAUUGAGCGUCAUUGACGGAUAUCUUGUUUCUUGUAAAAUGUCUGGAGUCGUCUCACGUUUAUUCCCGGGGGCCAGCUUCUGCUCACGGCGGUGCCCAAACAGAAAAUGAAAUAAUUAUAGUGAAAGCUGAAGUGCAGAGGAGGCAGAGAGAGAUCAACACGUGGAAGAGACCCGGAGGAGAUGCUGCAGAUAAAGAACAUUUGCUAAAAGAAAGACGGCGCUUACAUUCAUUAAUAUGUAGAAGUCCCUCACAUGUGAAGCUGGUCUGUAAUAACAACGUGAUAUGAUUCUUCCCCCCCCCCACACACAGUCCUCGCAUACUAUCGAAGCUUAACACAGCUAAGAGCUUCCUACAUGCAUGUGGUGGCAGUUUGAACAUAUUAAAGCUGUUUUAUAAUAUCAAUAUCUGCUCUCAGCUGCUGAGCGUUGAUCUUUGUCUGGAACGAACAAGCAGCUUGACAUCAAACUAUACAGUAAAAACAAGGAUGUGAAAGAGACGACGACGGGGGGGUCAUCACAAGUGUGUUUGUGAGUCUGAAUCAGAGUCCAGUUGACUCUAUCUAGUCUUGUUCGGUUUCACGGUGCAAAAACUAAAUAAAUCAAACGUUUGCUCAGGGCCGUGUACGAAGAGCAGCAGAAGCUUCUCUUAUUGGUCAGAACUCAAAUAUCAAAGUAUCUCAAAUAACGACUAAACUAAUAAAUGAAAAGUGAUUAAACGUUUUGUGAGAACAGUCUGAGGGUUCAUGUCUGAGUGAAGGACUUCAGAGUAUUUCCAGUGUGCACGUUGUUCUUCCCCCUGGUGGGGAUUCUAUUUUCAAAACAGUGCAGAGACUUCCUCUUGCUAGUACCAGGAAGAAGAGAUGACUAACCCCGACCAGUAAAUGAAGUAAGAUGUUUAUGCGGCUCAGUAUCCCGAUAACAUCACGUUCAUCCGCGUCAUUGUAACCGAGAUGUGCCAGUUGCUAUAAUAAAUGCGAGUCUCCCCAGUAAUACACUUUGUGUGUGUAAACACAUUCAUUGUCUGUCCUCAGUGCUGCGCUGUGAAACCACCACACAUACUUGGAGCUUUGCCACCUUAUGCAAGACAAUAAAGUCUUUUAUUUUAAAAUACCCCGAGGGAGGAAAGGAAAACGCUAGAAAAGGAACUUAUGAACAUGUUUUGGAAUGUAAAUAAAAAUAUCUUCCUCACAUUUGGGAACAAUUGAGUUUCAAAAUUGGAGAAUCAUGAGUUUGCUGUUGUGGUCUGAACGCUUGUGUAUUUGUUUUGAGUCAUUUGUUUCUUCACAUAGUCCCAAGAGUCCCUGCAGAGGCUCCAGAAAAGGCUCCUGUUGUAAAUAUGUACAAUAACCUUUGUUUGAUUUACUAAAUUCCAUUGUGGGAUGUAUGGGUGUUCACUUGC